UUAUUAAAAGAACAUGCUGAGGCUAAAAGAUUAAUAAAAGAAUACAAAAAUAAUUCUGUUGAAUUAGUAUAUUACAUGUCAAAAUCAAAUAUGUUAAAGAUACUGGCAAAUUUAACAUAUAGCGAAAUAGGAUAUCUCUACUCUCCAUUCUACAAAAAAACAAUUGCAUUAUCAGUUACUGCAUUUUUACAUGAAACACUAAACAAAGUCAUCUUUUUCUUGGAAUUGCAACAAUGUAGUAUAAUUUAUGGUAAUACUGAUUCAGUUUUUUCCACGAUACCUGAACAAUAUUUUUCUGAGAUAGAACAAAUAUAUUCACAAAACAAACAACUUCAUCACCAAAAAGCAAUCAAAAAAUCUAUUGAAUAUAUAAAACAAAUCAA